GAUUUCAUUUUGUUCUUGUUUUGCAAAUUUUGCUGAACAGAAAUUUUAUCAAAUUCUUUCAAUUUUGGUUCAGUGAGCUUUCUCCGUUAAUUAAUUAAUUUAUUCAUCGUGUGUAUAGUACAUUUUGAAGUAUAUUUCUCCUUGAACCGUAAGUAGAAUCUAGACCAAUGGCAAAAAAUACGUCGAGUACAACUUUUCGAAAAAUCGAUGUGGACCAAUACAACGAAGAUAACUUCAAGAUCGAUGAAUCAGCCGAGACCGGUGUACCGUCCAACUUUCCAGAUGACGCAGAAAUUACAUCUCUAAUUAAUCAAGGUAAACUAGACGAAGCUUUGAUCACCGUUUUGAAAAACGCCCCGAUGUCGGUAAAGAAUCGAAAUCCUCAAAUAAAAGAUAAAGCUCUACGAUUAAUGAUGAAGGUAAUGCUGUCGAUAAAAUCAUCGCAAAUGGACGACGUCAUCCAACGUUUAGACAUCGAACAAGUAGAUACGUUGAUGAAAUACAUUUAUAAAGGAUUCGAAACACCUACCGAAGGUAGCAGCGCUCAUUUACUCAUAUGGCACGAGAAAGCAUUCGCUGUAGGCGGACUAGGUAGUAUAGUUCGUGUUUUAACUGACAACAAACGAGUCUAAUAUAGCUAAAAUUUCACUUCAAAUUUCCAAAUUUCUUGCAUUUUUGUUUUAAUUUGUGAUGUUAUCUUAUACUUUGAUAGUUAUUUAUGCGAAUCGCUGCCAUUUAAACUCGCGGAUAACGCGAGUAAGUAAUACACGUAUAGUCGAAGACUAAUUCGGUAUUUCUGUAAAAAUGUAUUUCUUGAAGAUAUUCAAAUUUCAAAUGGCGUGUAUUAGGGAUUUUUAUCUAUUUCUUAUUGGUAUUUUUAUUGAUGAUGUACCUACGUUGUGCAUUUUAUCGUGUAUACUUUUUAUACCCUUGCAAUUGCAAUUAUUAAUAUACAAAUUAUGUAUUCACCCCUGCUAUGGGUAUUUUAUUUGUAAUAACUAACCCAUUCCUGUGUGCAUCAUUUCGGUGCUAUUAGUCAACUUGUAAUAAAUUUGUUUAUAUUUUUU